AUGUGCCAAUCCCAUCAGCGCACUACCCUACGACCAGCUGCGUCUUGCGGUAGCUUGCCAGUGUACGCCAAGCCCAUCAUCAAGCCCAAGCCAAGCUCGACCCUGGCCGACGUUGUGCGUCAAGCCUACAUCAAAAACCACAAGCUUGCUGCGUCCAGCGACGCUAAACCCCUCUCGGCCAAAAACCGGCGACUACGGGCCCCAACCAGCAACAGCCCAUACUUGUGCCGCAUGGUACAGCAAAGUCGCUUCUGGCGUCAAUUGCAAGGCAUCUUUUUCGAGAACUCAAGCGAAUGCAGCCUCUACGAAGCGAUGACAGUGACCGAGUAUGAGAAGCACCGCAACUCCAAGCUUCAACCGACAACGAUGGCCCCAUCAAAAACAGACACAACAGCAACGACAACUUCUCAGGACACUCGACCGGCUCAUCCCGAACAAAGCGCGAGCCCCAAUACCGCUGCCAAGAAUGUUCCUGUUGCCGAAGACACGACAGACGCGAUGCCAACCCGCCUCUCCCACCUGCACUCCUCUCCAACAUGCUGCGCACUGCGUCUGGCUCGCCGCCACAUGGCAACCUGUCACUCAAUCAUGAAGGCUCGUACCGUCAACAACCAAUCUCAGAGCUACUUUUCUUCAAGCGUCCAAGUCUACCCCCAGCCCAAGGAUGUCACCGUCGCGCCUCACUCUGACGACUACAGCCAACCAGAGGCUUGUACCCACCUUGCCAUUCAGAAUCAUGCCCGAGUUUCUGUUUUUUGA